AUGGCUCAGUCAAACGGCAGCCAGAAUACGGCACUGCUGCAAAUCGGGCGUUGGAGUAAACCGGAGCCGAUCUUCUGUGUAGUUUUCUCCGCCUUGCGCGUGUACGCUCUCUGGCAAGGGUCGAGGACGAAGUAUGUCUUCCCCAUCAUUGUACUCACACUUGGGUUGGUCCCAAUCGCAACAAACAUUUUCGGUUGGACACGUACCGAGAUUGUGUACGAAAACUCCCCAUUGGUUCUGCUUUCCACCUGCAAUGACUUCAUCAAUGCCCCGCCGAAGCUCAACAAAGAUGCAAUCGCUGCUGAUAUCCUUGUCCUCAUACUCACCUGGAUCAAAUCAUUCAAGCAGUUCCAGGUGAUGACGCAGUUCAGAUUUAGAUCGUCUGUGUCAGCCGUGUUACUUCGAGAUGGCACAGUUUAUUUUAUUGCCCUUCUCGUCAUAAACAUCCUGCAGCUCCUGACUUUCCUGAACAGUCCGUUUGAGGGCGCAUAUAUAGACGGCUUUCUCCAGACGAUGCCAUCUGUGCUGGUUUCACGCUUCAUGCUAAACCUUCGCCAGCUAAACCGCACCGCCGGAGAAAACAACUCGGACGCACGUCACUUUUCCCGCUUCUCUGCAAGUUUCAGAAUGCCCCCUGAUUUUCUUGGGAAUAUUGGGGAGCCUCUGGACCACAGCCAGUCAGAUCGGGUUAUAGAUGAUGGUAGCGAUAUACCAGAAGGAUCACAGGAUAGCCUGGAAGAGAGCUCCGCGGAGCGGGCAGGCACGUCGCGUGCGCGCCGGGACCAGUCGACGGAAGCCGGUAUCCCUCCAGUAUUGCACCCCUCAGAACGUGCAAAUGAAGAGUCCAGUUUUACCAGCUCGCCCGCCAGCUCACGCGAAACAUUGCGUCGCGAGUUGUUUGAUCGCCCAGCAGAGGCCGACGACUAGGUGCGCAUUGGCUCUACU